AGCAAGAGAGGGACAAUUGUUUAAGUCGACCUCUGGGUCCGGAACCGCGGGUAAAGAUGGCGGCGGCCAGGUGGUGGAGGCCUAUGCUUCGCGGUCCGAGCCUUUCAUUGCACACCGCGGCUAAUGCCGCCGCCACGGCUACAGAAACGACCUGCCAAGAUGUCGCGGCGACCCCCGUCGCGCGGUACCCGCCGAUUGUGGCCUCCAUGACAGCCGACAGCAAGGCGGCACGGCUGCGGCGAAUCGAACGCUGGCAGGCGACGGUGCACGCUGCGGAGUCGGUAGACGAGAAGCUGCGAAUUCUCACCAAGAUGCAGUUUAUGAAGUACAUGGUUUACCCGCAGACCUUCGCGCUGAACGCUGACCGCUGGUACCAGUACUUCACCAAGACCGUGUUCCUGUCGGGUCUGCCGCCGACCCCCGCGGAGCCCGAGCCCGAACCCGAACCCGCGCUGGACCUCGCGGCGCUGCGUGCCGUCGCCUGCGACUGCCUGCUGCAGGAGCACUUUUACCUGCGGCGUAAACGGCGCGUGCACCGUUACGAGGAGAGCGAGGUCAUAUCUUUGCCCUUCCUGGAUCAGCUGGUGGCAACCCUCGUGGGCCUCCUCAGCCCACACAACCCGGCCCUGGCCGCUGCCGCCCUCGAUUAUAGACGCCCAGUUCAUUUUUACUGGGUGCGUGGUGAAGAAAUUAUUCCUCGUGGUCAUCGAAAAGGUCGAAUUGAUGACUUGCGAUACCAGAUAGAUGAUAAACCAAACAACCAGGUUCGAAUAUCCAAGCAACUCGCAGAGUUUGUGCCAUUGGAUUAUUCUGUUCCUAUAGAAAUCCCCACUAUAAAAUGUAAACCAGACAAACUUCCAUUAUUCAAACGGCAGUAUGAAAACCGUAUAUUUGUUGGCUCAAAAACUGCAGAUCCUUGCUGUUACGGUCACACCCAGUUUCAUCUGUUACCUAACAAAUUAAGAAGGGAAAGACUUUUGAGACAAAACUGUGCUGAUCAGAUAGAAGUUGUUUUUAGAGCUAAUGCUAUUGCAAGCCUUUUUGCUUGGACUGGAGCACAAGCUAUGUAUCAAGGAUUCUGGAGUGAAGCAGAUGUUACUCGACCUUUUGUCUCCCAGGCUGUGAUCACAGAUGGAAAAUACUUUUCCUUUUUCUGCUACCAGCUAAAUACUUUGGCACUGACUACACAAGCUGAUCAAAAUAACCCUCGUAAAAAUAUAUGUUGGGGUACACAAAGUAAGCCUCUUUAUGAAACAAUUGAGGAUAAUGAUGUGAAGGGUUUUAAUGAUGAUGUUCUACUUCAGAUAGUUCACUUUCUACUGAAUAGACCAAAAGAAGAAAAAGCACAGCUGUUGGAAAACUGAAAAAACAUACUUGAUUGAGAACUUUGGGAAUAAAUUUUACUGAAGGAACAGUAAUGAGAUUUGUAACUGUCAACUAUUAAAUACAUUGAUUUUUGAGACAAAUAUUUCUUAUGUCAGCCUGUUAUUAGAUCUCUUACUCUGCUGAAAUUCGUCACUGAAAGAUUUAAUUUUAGUUACCUUUUAUUGAUUUAAAAAUAAUUGCAUUUGUGUAUUGCUAACUGAUAAGACAAAUUGCGUUAUUGAGCUAUUAAAUGCACAUUUUAAUAUAAAUGCAGAAAUCCCAAAUAAAAUACUAACAUACUGAA